GUAAGAUGGUCUCGAAGGGAUGAGGAUUGGUAAAAUGAUGGGAAGGGAUAGAAGGAGAAAAGGAAAAGAGGAGAAGGAGGAGUAGGUUUGAGAUUGUGGUCUGAGGUUCUCGUAAGCUUCUAGAAACUCGUAUUGCCUCCUUUCUCCUCUCCCGCCAGCCGCUCAUGACGUGAAAAUCCACAUGCACAUUAUAUAUACAUAUGUAUAAACAAAUACAAAUGGAAAUAGGUAAGGUAUACGUUCGUAUACGGAUACAUACGUAUACUAAGUUACAUACGUACGUACACAGUUGUUAAAAGGUCGGUAUCGUGAGCAAAACGAAGGAACCGACCGUCAACGAAGAUAACCGUAUACACCCGAGGAACGAUUCACCGCGAAACUUGAUUCGACUCGAGCGCGAGCAGCCGGUCAGUCUCUCGCUGACGCUCGGUGCGACGAGUACUGAUCGGUUUGGUUAUGGACAGGAGGUUUCGUGUGUGCACAUAGAUCAUUAUUACAUUCUACAUAUUAUAAAUAAAAAAAGGGAGAUUAAUAAACAUAAAAAGUUCUGCGAGGACAGUUAAUUCGACCUUCUCCUCCUUCGAGGAGAGGGCGGAGGGCGAUAAGUCCUCCGCCUUAGGUUCGUUCUUCGGAGAAAAAUUUCGAUUAACGUCAAAAAUGAAGUUCGUUCGAGGUAUCCUUCGACGGGCAUGGAAAGUAACACCGAGCCACGUGGAGCGGCGAAACCUCGUGUUCUCCACACGACUGCUUUUUAUCCUUCUUCUCGUAACUGGUUGUAACGCCUCAUACGAGAUGCAAGGACCGAGUUUUGUGUCGGAACCACCAUCUCGCGUCGAGUUCACUAAUGUGAACGGUGGUAGAGUGGACUGCACUGUCAGAGGGAAUCCAGCACCUACUGUGGAUUGGUUGGCCGCGGAUGGAGGCAGUAUAACGAACAUACCAGGCAUCCGACACGUCCUUGGGAAUGGGACGAUUCACUUUCCGGGAUUCGAGGCCGAAGCUUUCCGACAGGACGUCCAUUGGGCCAUUUAUAAGUGCUCAGCCGCGAACAGCGUCGGCGCCGUCGUCAGCAGAGACGUCACUGUCAGAGCAGUGGUGAACCAACCUUACGAUCCCGAAGUCCAAAGUCCUGGCGGUUUUCUCGGCAACAAUGUACUUAUGCGUUGUAACGUGCCAAGUUUUGUAAGAGAUCACGUCACUGUAACGUCGUGGUUUCAAGAACCAGCUUUCAAUAUUUAUCCUACUCCGAUGAGUGACGGUAAAUAUCACAUGCUUCCGAGUGGUGAACUGAUGAUAAUCAAUAUUACCCGGACGGAUGCACAGAUGACUUAUCGUUGUAGAACGCAUCAUCGAUUGACCCAAGAAACAGUCGUCAGUAGCAAUGCUGGCCGGCCUCAAUUGACUGAACUUCGAGGUUCCAUGCCACCUAUAAUAAACGAGAAGCUGGUUUACAAGUCAGUUAGAUUGAAAGACACCGUUGUGAUACCUUGUGUGGCAUAUGCCAAUCCAACUCCGACUAACAGGUGGUACUACAACAGAAAUCAAAGAGAGGAACCAAUCGAAGAUACUUCCGGGCAUUAUAUAGUCCGAGAUGGUUCCUUGAUUAUACAGGGUGUCCAAGAGAAUGACGCCGGAUCAUACAUGUGCAUCGCCAGUAACUCCGAAGGGACUGAGACUUUAGAAGUCAGGUUGACAGUUUCCGCCCCGUUAAGUGUUCUCGUACAGCCUGCUAUUCAAACGGUCGAUCUUGGGAAGCCUGCUCAUUUGACGUGCAGCGCAAGUGGAUUUCCGCAGGCGGCACUCUACUGGCUGAAGGACGGUCAGCCAUUGAGAAUGGCUGGUCGCGUGAGCACAGUUUCGAGGGAACGUAUCUCCGUGACGUCGGUUGCACGCGAAGAUCGAGGCAUGUACCAGUGCUUCGUCAGAAACGAGUAUGAAAUGGCCCAAGGAAUUGCAGAAUUGCGGUUGGGUGAGAUCGCACCACAGCUGGUCUACAGGUUUAUCGAACAGACAAUGCAGCCUGGACCAUCGGUUUCUCUGAAAUGCAGCGCCGCAGGUAAUCCCACGCCGCAAAUUUCCUGGCUGCUAGAUGGAUUUCCGCUUCCACAAAACGACAGGCUUCUGAUUGGCCAAUACGUGACCGUGUACGGAGACGUAAUAUCCCACGUUAACAUCACAUCGGUUAAACCGGAGGACGGCGGGGAAUACGAGUGUACUGCCAGUAGUAGAGCUGGAGAUUCGAAACACUCAGCAAGACUGAAUAUUUACGGACUGCCAUAUGUCAGACCCAUGUCGACCGUCUCAGCGGUCGCUGGGAAGCAACUAUAUAUCAAAUGCCCUGUAGCUGGAUAUCCCAUCGAAUCGAUAAUAUGGGAAAAGGGCAACGUAAGACUGCCAACUAAUAUGAGACAAAGGGUAGCGAAUGGUACAUUAUUCAUCGAUACCGUACAACGUGCCGCUGAUCAAGGCACAUACACCUGCACUGCCAGAAAUAAACAUAAUUUUACUUCUCAACGAUCCGUCGAAGUUCGUGUUUUAGUGCCACCUAAAAUCACGCCUUUCAGUUUUGCUCGCGAUUUAAACGUAGGCGACCGUACUAGCAUACAGUGCGUUGUCGCUACUGGUGACCUCCCAUUAACAUUCACGUGGCUGAAAGAUAACGUCCCGAUAGAGACGAUCAGAACGACGUCACGGGAGACGUCGUCGAACCGUGCUAACGGAGACAGCAUUGGUUCGUUAACUAACAAGUCUCUUAAGAAUGGCUCCGGUUCCAAGAAAGGUACUGCCGCCGCCGCCGCCGCCUUAGCAGCAGCAGCAGCAGCAGCAGCCGCGGCCCACGACCCGAGAAAGGCGAUAAUCAUCCGGCAAAAUGACGCUUUUAUCAGCGCCCUGAGCAUUAGCACGAUCGCACCCGCGCACAAUGGCACGUACACCUGUCGCGUGACCAAUGGCGCGGCCACCGUCGCUCAUUCUGCACUCCUUCACGUCAACGUACCACCGAGAUGGACCGUGGAACCUAUCGACCAGGAUGCCGUUGUAGGUCACGGCGUCUCCAUUGCCUGUCAGGCUGAAGGAUUCCCCAUUCCGACUGUGACUUGGAAGCAAUCUAUCGGUGAAACACCAGGCGACUAUAGGGAGCUAGGAUAUAGCGGUACGGAGGGAGCAGGGGUUGCCGGAAAUGGGUCCUUGGUGAUUCCACGAGUAUCAAGAGAUCAUGCCGGCUCCUAUCUAUGUCAAGCGAGCAACGGUAUCGGACCUGGGCUCAGCAAGCUCAUUCGCCUAACAGUUCAUGCGGGUCCUCAGGUGACAGUAAGGACAAGGCAGGAAUCGGUGAGAAGAGGAGAUAGCGUAACGCUACGAUGCGAGGCUGAAGGAGACGCUCCUCUUGAUCUGAGCUGGCGUGUGCGUGACAGCAGGGUCGAUCCUAAUUACGACGUUAGAUACAACAUAGAAAAGAACGUAGUAGCCGGUCGCGUUCUUUCAGAAUUGAGAAUCAUGCAGGUAAGCCACAUGGACCGUGGCGAUUAUAUUUGCGUUGCCGGCAAUGCCUAUGGUCACGCUCGUGCCACCAUCCACUUGCUUGUCCAAGAACCACCAAACUUUCCAAGGAAUUUGCAUGUGGCCGAACAAGGAAGCCGUUCGAUCCUGUUAGCAUGGUCGUCGCCUCAAAGCGAUCAAGAUGCGAGUCAUGCGAGUUCACCUAUCACCAACUAUAUCGUCCAAUACAAAGAGGCUCAGGACGUGUGGCAUGAACACAACACGCAGAAGCUGGUAGCAGGAGACAACACGGUCGCUCUGGUAUCACCCCUAAAACCCGCUACCACCUACCACUUUCGAGUGCUUGCGGAAAAUCACCUUGGAACAUCAGCGCCAAGCGACAUACUUCAUGCACAAACGGACGGCGAGGUUCCAGGAGGCCCACCUAAGCACGUAUCUGUCGAACCAUUGGGACCGCAACAACUGAAGAUUACUUGGCAACCACCAGAUCGAUCUCUCUGGAACGGCGAGCUUCUCGGAUAUACCAUCAGCUAUACCAAUCUCGGGGUAGAUGAUCAAUCGGUGAAUACAACGCGUGUGGGUAUCACAGGAAACGGCGACGGUUCCUACGAUUACAGACUAACCGGUUUACGAAAAUACACUCAGUAUAGUAUAGUGGUGAAGGCGUUCAAUAGCAAAGGAGAUGGCCCUGGUUCUGAUUUAGUCAUGGCACAAACCUUUGAAGAUGUUCCAAGCGCGCCACCGCAGAACGUGGCCUGCACCGCUUUGACCGGGCAGAACAUUCAGGUGACCUGGAAACCACCACCUUCCGACAAAGUUCACGGGGUCGUGCAAGGAUACAAGCUCCUGUACGAAGCAGCCAGCGGCGUCGCCUCCGAAUCACAAACCGGUCGAGAAACGAAAAUCAGUCAUGCACUUAGCACGGUAUUACAUGGUCUAAGUCCUUACACGAACUAUACCGUUCAGGUCUUGGCAUAUACCAAAGCUGGGGAAGGUGUCAGCAGCAGUCCUGCCUCUUGCACUACCGAGGAAACUGCUCCGGAUGCACCAGAACGUGUUAAGGCUGUAGCAAGUGGCGAAGAUUCAGUAGUAAUAUCUUGGCUACCACCUCGUCGACCGAACGGAGUUCUCACCAAAUACACCGUUUUUAUUCGAGUUUUGGACCAGGGCCAGGAAGUAAAGAUCAGUAAGAGUCCGUUGCCUGCGCAGAACUUGCAUCAUGAGGUGACUGGUUUGAAGUUACGCGAGUCCUAUGAAGCUUGGGUCGCGGCCUCGACUAAAAUAGGCCAGGGUACUGGUACUCUGGCCAUCAAACUUCAACCAAGCACUACUGUUCCAGCUGCAAUAAUAUCAUUUGGUAUUCCUAUCGUGGUACCAUGGAGAGUCGACGUUAAUAUGGCUUGCCUUUCGGUUGGAAAUCCACGACCUACAGUCGAGUGGAGACGAGCUGAUGUGAAGUUGCAUCAGAACUAUGAUUUAGGUCCAGAUAAUACUCUUACUCUGAGGAGCGUUCAAAGGAGUCACGAGGGCAAUUAUUCCUGCCACGUGAAGAACUCUCUUGGAUCUGACGAGAUCACUUACACAUUGCAAGUGCAAGUUCCGCCGACUCCGCCAACGCUUCUGGCAACCGGCACAACGACCGACGCCGUUCAGUUACAAUGGAAACAGGGAGACAACGGUGGUGCACCCAUUAAAGGAUUUCUCUUGGCUUAUCGUCGUGAGUUCGCCGAGUGGGAGGAAGUGCUUCUCGACCGCAGAGCCAGUACACAUCUUCUCGAGGGUUUGCAAUGUGGUACCAGGUAUCAGUUCACUCUUGCUGCCUUCAAUAAAAUAGGCAGCGGUAGUGCUAGCAAAAUCGAAACUGCUAAGACAAAUGGCUCAAAACCUAUACCACCUUCCAAGCAUCAUCUUGUCAAGACCAAUCAGACAUUUAUCAAUUUAGAAUUAGCAUCAUGGCAGGACGGAGGUUGUCCGCUUCUUUAUUUUGUUGUUGAAUAUAGAAGGCCACCUGGAGAUUGGUUAUUAGUGUCCAAUAAUGUUCCACCCCAAUUGAGAUACACCGUAACAGAUCUAGAAAGCGGAACGAACUACGAGCUACGUGUGACAGCUUACAACAAUGCCGGAUCCACCCAGGCCGAGUACUUGUUCACCACCCUGUCACAGAGUGGCAACAUUCGGCUGCACGAGGACCAACCCCAGGAAGCUGAAAAUACGCCCCUAUAUCUUGACGCUCACGUAUUGGCACCGAGCGUCAUUUCGGUUCUCGCUGUAAUCCUAGCUGUUGGUGGCGUUUGUUUCUGUUUAAAAACUCAUCCGGAAAGAUCAGGAGUCGUGAACGAUCCAAAUUCACAGACGCAGGUGGCUCUGGACAAUAAACAAAAUACCGAACAAAGGGAACAGUAUUAUGCGACUGUAAGGAAACCGGGACAACAAUCACCACCCUGUCGUGAGGUGAGCGCCCUGAAACGAAUACCAGAAUAUCCUGAAGACAUUUAUCCGUACGCGACCUUCAAUGUGCCCGAGCAGGAAAAUCCAACGCGACAGGCAUUCUUCUACGAACGCAGCGAGACGAUGCUUCAGGGCGCUCAAAACAAAAGAUUUCAAUGCGACGUGGAUCAAUACACAAAAGUACGUGGUAGGGCACGUCGCAAAUCAAAAUCGUUCAAGUCAGAAUCCGAAGAAUACGACACUUUGGGUUCAGACAGCGAUACCGAAGUUGGUACCAGUAGCCGAACCGAAUCAUCCAAUCAUCUAGACGAUUCCGGGCCAACAUCAUUAAUGGCCAGAUCACCAGGACCAAACUCCGUCGGUCAGAGGGAACAACGACUAGCUUUGGUCCCGGUUCAUCAUAAUGUGCUGUACAUUUCGAGUACAUCAACGGAGCCGUCACCAAUUUCUGAGAGGAAGACCUUUCCCAGGCUCGAGAAACAAAGAAGCCGAGGAGCAACACCGGACAUCGCGAUCGAUGGACGUAUAUCAGGGAUGCUGCGAGCCGUGAAACUCUCGGAAUCAGGAAUGCAUCCUUACUCGAGAGGCACGUCACCGAGUCACCCGAAUCGUCAAGGUUCCUGCGACCGAUUAGGGAAGGAACAGAAUUCGAGGAAAUCGGUGGAAUCUCUUUGUCUUCUCGAGGAACCUGGUUCCUCGAGAAUGAGCAGGAGAGACGAGGAUUGGGGCAGCGAGCUGUCAACAUUGGAAUUGAAACCACCAACGGGCUUCACGGAUGCUCACGAGACCAGCGAGGCCGAGUGCGACAUAGACAUGAAGCUAAGGCUUCACAGGAAAAGAAACGCUCUCGCUUCUAACAGCUCGCUGUCUAAAUCGCCAAAGGACUUUACUAUUACCGUCUAAGUGUUAAUCAAAUAUCAAACUACAAUCGAAAAAAAAAAAGAAGAAGAAGAAGAAGAAAAGAGAGAGAGAGAGAGAGAAAGAGAGAGA